UGCUAUGCUGAUGUCGACAUUCAUUCGAGACGGACGCACUCAUUCGCUCCGUGUGAAUUGCUUUCAAACUUUUUUUUUGCCAUCUCGUCUCGCCUUUUCAAGACGCGCUUUGUGUAAUCAUAUGCGUCUUUUAAGUGUUCGCAUUUUCUUUUCAUUUUAAAUUCCACACACAAGUUUUAUUCCGUCGUUCAACCGAGAGCCGAAAAAGAGAAGAAGAAAAAACGCCGUGUGUUGUGUGCGAAAGUCAAAUUUUUUUUUUUCCUUCGUUUCUGUAUUAUAAUAGAAUAUUUUUUUCGUUCUAAGUGUCUCAUUUCCCCGAGAAAAAAAAUUGCGAUGAAGUAAAAACGUUUUGAGUUUCCAUUUAAUUUUUGUUUAGUCCUAACUAAUUGUAUUUGUUUUGGAGAGUGAGAUAGAGAGAGAGAGAGAGAGAGAAGUGCAAGUUUCAAUUGGGAAUUAUUUUAGUUUUCUUGAGAGCACAAUUAACAGUGCAGAGAGUUUAAAUCGAAACAAAAAUAAAACAAUCAAAUAGAAUAUCAUCCGGUAAUUGAUUGAUUUUAAAUUUAAAACCAAAUUGAUUGUUAAUAUGAUUUUGUAACUGAGAAUGGAUUACACUUCGGCCAUACCUUUUCAUCAUCUCACUACACAAAGUUAGUGAUCAAAUUCGUUGUUUGUGUGUUCACUUUCGUCUUUGCGUUCAGCCUUUUUUUCACUUGCAAACCCAUUUUUUGGUUGGACGAAUCCAUGUAAUGAUCGUAAAGUAAAACUGAAAUAUCUACUGAACGCUGAACACCACCAAAGUGCGUGUUUGUGUAUGUGAACGAGGAAAAAAAAAGUGCAAUCACCCGUUCAGUCGAAGCAGCGUUUGUUUUGUUGUUGACAAUCAGUAUAUUAUCACAUUGAAACACACAGCAGUUUUGGUCGAAAAUUGUGUAAUUUUUUUUUCUCUCGGAACAUGAUGCGUUCGUUUAUCCAGAUAAUUUUCAUUCAAAUUUAUUAUCAAUAAAAUUUGUGGCCAUUUCAUUCCAUUGAAAUAUCAUCAUUGUUUUUGCAUUCGUUUCAUUUGAAAGAGUUAAAUAGCAAACACAGUAGCGUUGCUGGUGUGUUUGACAUUUUCCGAGUUUGACACAUAAUUCGCGAUAGGCUAAUCGAGUUUGUUUAACCUUAAUAAUAAUCACUGGGACAUAUUUUAUCGCAUUCGAGAGGUAGAAAGUGAACGAGCUGUGUUGUGUUGUUUGUCGUUCCGUAUUUUGUGUCUUACCUGGUUGAUUCCAAUGUGAUGUUUAACAAAAAUUCAUUGUAUUUGUUUAAAAUUAACCUACGGAUUUAAGCAUUUUAUGCGUUUCGGCAUGCGUUUUUUCACAUAAACCAUCAUAAUAAAAAAUUAUUGUUUAUAAUUGAAGUGUCAGGUAUUCGGCACAACAAAUCAUCGACAAAACGAAUGUUAUGUGAAAACGACGUUCGCGUAAAUCAUUAUGAGUCUACCAUCUGUCGCCAAGGAAAGAACUGCAAAUAAAGUUAGUUUAGUUACGAGACCCAGUGUUACGUUAGUUCAGCCAGUUCAAGUGAUUGGAUCAAGUGCUUCUUCGCAGCAGCCAACAUUAAUUUAUGUACAAUCUAUACAAACAAUUCAACCAGCGUCGUCUACAACGCAACCACAGCAGCUACACCAACAACAAAACAAACCCGCUUAUAUUACAACAAAGGUGAAUAAACCGAAAUCAUUAAGUCAACCGGUGACAAUUGCCCCCAUAAAAACACAUCCACGAUCCACAAUCAACAAAUUAGUAGCCGUACCUUCAACCUCAUCGUCAUCGUCAACAUCAUCGUUAACGAUAUCAAAACGUUUGCAAACAUUUCAAUUGAAAACACCAAAUACGGUCGUAACAACAAAUUUCCACCAAUCAAAACCAACCAUCGUCGGUCAAACCAUAGUGAGUCCACGAAUUGUGUUGAAUGACAAACAAACGGUUGCAAAAAUCACAAAAGUUAGCACAGCCACACCGCUUGCGUCAAUAGCACCGAAACGUACAACAACCAUCACAACAACCACCGCCGCACCAACAGCAACGAUAAAGGGCGGUUUGACAAUCGAAAGAUUCGGUUCAUCUUCAUCCAACUCCACUACUGCCAGCACCACAUCCACACAUAACAAGACUGCUGCACUGAAUGUAGCUAAACUUGAUCCGGUCAAAUUUCGGUAUCGCACCAUUUUGGAAAAUUUACUACAGCUCAAAAAUAAUUUCAUACGACGAACCAUCACACAGGCCAUCCAGCAAAAGCUUGCAAAUCAAUCGAACGAAGAUUUAUUAAAUGUGAUAUUCAAAUCGUUCGAAUUGACAUUGCUGUCGGUGAACGUUGACCAAAUCUACUUGAAUGAGACAUAUUUGAACGCAACGUUAGCAUUUCUGGCCAAAGUGAUUGAAACCGGCCGUUUCAUGGAGUUGAUUGAAAAUCGUAAAGAGACGAAAAAUAUUGGUAGGUUUGUUACAUCCGAAAUGUCAUCGAUACUCAACAAGGUUUCAUUGGAAAGUGUUUACAAGAAUGCUCGCGAUAUUUUCGAGAAAAAGCAACGCGGAUCAUAUGCACAGAUUUUGGAAUUACUGAUAAAAGUAAUUAAUUGUGUAAAAGUUUCGCCAGAAACGAAAAUGUCACCCGUUGAAAUCGAGUUCUGGCUCAAAGAGGUGGUACCGCUGAUAUUUGAUACCGAUGACGACAUCCAAACGAAUGCAAUCGAAGCGGUCAAUCGAGCGAUGCCAUUGCUAUUAGCGUCACGCUAUCAAUCGCAUCCGCAAUGGCAACGUGUUCGUUUCGAAAUUCUAAGCGACUACACGAAGAAAAUAAACGCUUGCUUUCGACAGGGAAACCCAAAAUGGUAUUUAGCAUGGUGUUUAUGCGUUCGAUUGCUCGAUGUUGAUAUUCCACGGAGUGCCAGCACACUGAAUGCAUUCCUGUCGAUCGUUGAACCAGCGCUGCGAAGCAAUGUGCCCAUUCGUCGUGCCGAAGGCUAUCUGUGUUGGCGGGCUUUGCUGGAAGUAUUGGUACGGCACAAUCGUUUGAACUCCGAAAAGCGUCUGAAAUUAAUGUGUACACCGUUGAAAUCGCUACAAGCAAAAACCGUGGAAAUUGCAACGAAUAAAUUUCAAGCGUGGUGGUACGUUGUGUGCAACGUACAGGAGAAUGUCGAGAACUAUAUAUCGAUGGUGUUUGAACCGUUCCUACACUUUUGCUUUGGUCCAUUGUUUCGCCAGCCCGAUCUUCAUCUACAGCCAAAUGAAGCCGCCACACAAGUCAAAAGCUUUUCCGACGUUUCACUCAUGGCAAUCGCAACGCUUCUGCGCAUUUUCGACGAAAGCGACAAACAAAUCGAUGAGCUGUUUGCCAAAUUUUCACUCGACCAUCCGAAAUUUGCGAUUUUAACCGAAACCAUCUUUAACAUUGAGUCAACGUCAGCAUUUAUAAUAAAUGCUUGCGGCGAAGCGACGAUGAUGUUAAAUCGGCUGCGUAACAAUGCAAACAACAAUAUCGAUUGCAUUACAUUGGCAGUAUGCUUGUGGACGCGACUGUUUAAGCACGUAAAUAAAGUGAAAAACGCCGAACAUAUCAACCGAAUUUUGGACAACGUUUCACAACUGCUGAAACUGAAUUCACUUGAUCCAAAUCAAACUAGAAUGAUUCCAGUGAUCUGUGCAUCAAUAUUGGGAAAUGUGAGUACGUCGUUUAUUUUCGAUCGAAACGAAGGCGAUAUUAUAACGGACGAUACGAUUAAAGCGAUUGCCAAACUCAUGAACACCCUGAUUCAAUUGCCAAGCAUGCAAUCACGUUUCAAUGAAUCGCUGUCCAAGUUGAUGGCCGUACCGCAGGAUGCUAACCUUGUUGUGCCGAAUUUUACGCAUUUUUUGACCGAAAUCCACGAGCAAUUUUUCAAAAACGACAACCAAGCAGCAAAUACCGGCGAAAUAAAUGCCAACAAAUUAACCAUCAGCUGCGAGUUUAUCGAUGGCAUUUUACAAUACAUUCACACCAAUUCUGAGCAACUCAAAGAAACGUUGUCGAAUUCGAAAACGACACAAAUCCCGCAAGUAUUUUACAACAUCCUCUAUUGGCCAUUGUCGAUGGCUUUGAAUCGAAAUGAGUUUGAUGUUUACACAAAAAUAUUGCUGAAAGCGAUUGACCUAUUGCUGACGGUGAUUAGCAAAUGGGAAUUUUGCAAGGAAAGCGCAAAAACGGUAAAAACCAUCAUCGCAAAUCCAGCUCAUUGCAUCUAUAUCAAUGACACCAUUGCAACACUGUUUGAAUAUAUGGUCUAUGAUUUUGAUGAAUUGAAAAGUGCACCGUUGGAUAUGUUAAAUUUGUGCGGAUUGUUGAUUAAAAAAGAUUCCAAAGUGAUGUUUCAAGAUUUGAAUUCAAUCACCGAAGCGUUGAUCAAGUAUCGUCGUGCGAUUAGCCAAAAGCAAUUCGAAAUAAUUGCACCAAAAUUGCGUGACGUCAUCCGGUUGAUCGAUGGUGAAAAGUCCAAUUUACGCACCGAAGCGAGUCUCAUUAAAGAUUUGAAGGAAAUGGUGGGCGAUGAAAUUAAAACGGAGAAAUCACCGGGACAGGGGAAAAAAUCGUUGCGUUCGGCAAAGAAUAAGGAUGAAUUUGUUGUUGUGAACAAGGUGUGGAAAUUAGAACCGAGCAAAUUGACCGAACAUCAAAAAGAGAAAAUGAAAACGCGCCGAUGUGAUAUACCAGCUCUAUACAAUGAUUUGAGCCAGAGUCAGGACAGUGCUAGUAUUCAAGCAUGGGCACCGAAAGCCGUGCCAACGUCAACGGAUAGUGUGAAAAAUGAAAGCAACGAGAAGAGUGCCGUGGCUGGUGACUCAAUUGAAUCGAAAUUCAUGGCCGCCGCCGCCGUCGUCGAUUCAACUGCCACCAUCAUCGUUCCCGAAUCUCCAUCAUCCCAACGAACGAAGAAAAUCGAAAAAAGUGCAAAAACCUCACCGAAACGAUCGAGCCAAAGUCAGAGUGACAACUGCGGCGAUCGUAAAAGUGAUGGCGAAAAAGAUGCAUCAUCGGAUGAAAUACCAUCGAAACGGCGCGUAACGCGUGAAUUGAAUCGAAUUCAAAUCGAUGCCAAAAUUGAGGAAGUGCCUUACAAUAGUCUACCCGAAAGUAAUCGUUUGACCCGUAGCACGAUAAAGAAAAUCGAAGAGAAACCCGACUCGGAACCGACCAAGAAGAUCGACGACAAAUCCGAACCGGAAAAACGAAAAACUCGAUCGGAGAGCGUAAAACCUGCAACACCAGAUGUGGUCAAAAAGAAAAUCACACGAGCAUCGCUGGCUAAUUCACCGGUACCCGUUAAAGUGAAAAGUAAACUAAACGCUAAAGCUGCUGUCAAUAGCGCAGAUAAUGAGGCAACCGGUGAAUCAACGCCGAAACGACGACUAACCCGCCAAUCUAAAACGGAUGAUUCCGACCUCGAUGAAUCGAUUGUUCAAUCCAAUUCUAUUCAAAAAGUAGAACACAAAAAGACUGAAUUUAAGGAUACGCUUGAACUUAAAGUGGAAAAACUACCGACGUAUCCAUCAUCAAAACCACACAGCGAAAAGUCGGACAUUGAAAAUGCUAAAGUGGACACGAAGGAAGAACCGAAAGGAAAUGCAGCGGAGCAAACGAGUGAUAAGGCAGCCGAAGCUAUGCAACAAAAUGAGAACAACGAUGAUGGUACGGCAAUGGAAGUGGAUGAGCCAAUUGCUGCUGAAUCGGUUCCACCAACGGAGAAUGUCGAUGAACAAUGUGAAACCGUAAACGAAACACCUGAACCACUAAAAAUUCAGCCAAUCGACGAAGACAAUAAAAUGGAAACGGAAGUUGAGCAAAACGCACAAAUACUUGUUGCAACGGAAACGAUACCGAAUGGCAUUGAACUCAUUGAAAAUGAAUGCGGACCGGACAAUGAGGACAACGGUGGCGACGACGACGAUGGAGAGAAUAAUAUAUUAAGUAGAUCGUACAUGAGUGCACUGGUUUUCGAUGGCAUUAGUCCAUCAAAGAGUCUGAACGGCAGCACAAUUGUCACAUCGCCGGAAAUUGGUGCGCCACGCAGUUUGGAGUUUUUAAAUGACACUCUGAACAUUUCACCGAUUAUACAAGAAGCAGAAAAAGUGGAGAAUUCAGCGAAAAAGAAGAUUGUCGUUGAAGGUUUGGAUGAAGCGGAGAAAGUUCAAGAGACAGUGGUUGCCGGUGCUGGCCAAGAAUACGAUGGUAAGACUGACAAACCAUUGGUUAGCGAUGAGAUCAUCAGUGACAAAGAAUCCGCUGUGAAAAAAGAGAGUGAAAAUGAGAACACUAAAAACGUAGUAGCUCAACGCACUGCUGGUGCAGCUGUUGUACCUGUCGCCGAGUCGCCUGUUGUAUCGUCAUCAAAGCAAUUGAACAAAACGCCCCAUGUAAUUCAGUCAAGUACUCCAAUCCAAUCACAUCACAGUCCCGUUUCGUCCAAAUUCAAAACACAAUUGAUGGGUCGCGGUGCACAGCUACUAAAAAUGAUCAACAGUAACAAGAGUCCAAAACCGGCAUCGCCAACACCUACCGCAAUGGCAGAAAAUGCAUUCGUGAGCAUCACAAAAACCGGUUCGCCAGCCAUCAACCAAUUGGAAACGGCUCCGAUCUUUGAAAAUGUGAUGCACACACCCGAACCGAAAAUGAGGCCCAACGAACGGAAUGAACAAAACGAGAACGGAAAUUUCUUGACAUUUUCGGGUGCAUUGCCAUCACCAUUCGAAAGUCCAGGCAUUAGCAUUUUGAAACGAAAGAGUUCGAACAUUUCAAUGGACGAUUCGAUGCAUUCACCGGCUGCGAAACGAAAGCGUGUAUCGUUCGGUUUUCCAUUGUCACAGACGAAAGAGUAUAUUAUCGAUGAAGAGUUCACACCAUUCUAUAUGCUGCCAUCGAAUGAUUCGCCGUGUCGGCGCGCCAAUCGGCUCAAAAAGCUCAAAUUGAAACGAAACAAAAAUCAAAAUGACAGUGCCAAGAGUGUCGCCAACGAUUUGAAGGCAUCACAACUGAAUGAUUCGAAUGCAACAAUGGCCGAAUCAACAUCAACCGCACACGCUAAGGGCGAUGAAGUGAGUGUGAAACAAAUACAAGAAUACCUUGGAAUGGAUGCCGAAUCGUAUCGUGCCAAACAGGAGAAGCAAUUGACCGAAGAGAAUGCAACAACUACAACAACAGCAGCAGCAGUGACAACAACAACAACACCCGCAGCCAAUAAUCACGAUUCAAAUAGCGAUGACAGCUCAACCGAAUCAAAUGAUGAUGAUCCGGAAAUUGAAGCAGCCGCAGCACACCCACCACAAUCAGCAACAGCAACAGCAACAGCAGCAGUAACGGCUAAAUCACUCAAUGAAUUUUCAGACGAUGACAUUUUCUCGCAUUUGCUGUCGAAAUAUUCACCGAACGACAUUCUCAAAAAGUUUGAGUCAGUAUUUGAUGCAAAAGUUUUGACCAAACGACUAUCGACCAUAAUGUCAACGGAUAAACAAGCGGAAACGCAUGCGUUGGAAGAGCUAGCCGAAACACAUUCAGAAUCCUUUUUGGAGCAUGCAAUCACCGAGAAUUUGUGUUCGGUGAUCUGUGAUCGUUUGACGGUGAAAUCACCCAACGGUAUCACCGACUAUACUACCGAAAAGAUAAACAACGAUGAACAAUUUGCAUCAGAUUUCUUGGAUCGUGUGUCGGUAUCGAUGUUACGUCAAAAAUUGAUGGACACCGUAACGACAAGCAAACGCGAACAGCACAUUUUACUCGAUGACUUUUUAACGGCUCUCAAGGAUAGCGCUCAUCGAAUAUCACCACGUACCGUUGACACUGGCAUUCUACCUGAACAUAUUCAUCUCUGGAUAUCAAAACUGUUCGAUCAAUUCAAAUUAACACCGGAACAAUAUCUUCAACUUACCAGCAUUUACAUACAAAAAAACCCACCAGCUACACUUGAUAGGUUUGACUAAAACAAUAUACAAAUAUUGGCCGAAGCAAGUACACACUGAUUCCGGAACCCAAAGCAAUCAAUCAUGUAUAAUAAAAACGAAAAUAUCGCAAGAUUGCCUGCACUGACACACAUUACAAACAAACUGAGAAAGGAAAAACAACAGCAACACACAAUUCGAAAAGAGAUUCAUCGUAUCUAUUGCAUUUUAGCACGUGAAAUAUUGUCUUUAAGUAAAUUCAAAAUUCAAAGUGGUCGAUAGUAUUAAUUCUAUAUUUUUUUAAGUCCAGAUCAUUAAAAUCUCACAAUUUUUUUCUUUCUUUUUCUUUCCAUUUAAUUUCGAAUAAUGAACCCUUUGUUGGCAGAAAGAAAAAGUAACAAAGGAAGGAAGGAAAACAAAAAAAAACGAAAACAAGGAUGUUAUUUUAUUUUUAAGUCAGAUCAAUAAAACCAUUGGAAACAUUUCAUUUAAAUUAAAA